AUGAGUUUAGACACACUUUUCCAACAAAUCCUUCUAACUGAACAACAGUUAACUGAACAGACACAAAAAAUCAAAGAAGUCAAAGUAGCCAUCAUCAGAUGUAAUGAAAAAGUCAAGAGCGCCACUGAGAAGAAUGGAAAAACCAACGAGGAACUCGAUAAAAAAGCUCAGCAGUUGUCUGCGAUGAGGCUGCAGAAUGACCUGAUGAAGAAAUGUGAAGACCAGAUGUUGAAGCAAAUUGAGGAGCUGCUCGGCCAGAGAAGCCAACGAAGGGAACGUCUAGCCAAGAUAAAGCGGGAGUCUAAAGAAGAAGAGGAAAAGUUCCUUCAAGAGAUCUCAAGGUUCAACAGGGACUUCAGUCUUUGCGGGAACAAAGACGUAGUGUUCGAGAGCCAAACACACACUGAGAUCCUGGACCUGGAGAGGGAGCUGGAAGCAUUACACAAAGAGAUGGAGUUGAUGAGCCGCAGGAACAAUCACAUGAGCUCCAUGCAGGAGGAGAAGAGAGCGCUCCAGCUCAAGCUGCAGGGCCUGGAUAACACCCAGAAAGACCUGGAUCGGCAGCUGAUUGAAGCUGAAGCGAGGACGGAGUCUCUGCGAGCGGAGAGCCUGUUCGUCAGUCAGAAACCGCUCACUGACACCACCUGUCUGAGGCUGAGGAAGGAGCUGGAGAUGCAUAAAGAAGGAGAGCUUGAGCUGCUGCGAGAGGCGCUCAGCUCAGAAAUACACUUCCUGAAGUCGAAGCUGGACAGCAGCCAGGGAAGUGAGCAGCAUUAG